CUGUUUAGCAGCAUGAAGACAUCGGCGAUAAAAGUGUAGAACUUGCUUUUGUAGACCAGAGCGAGCCAUAAUGGUAAAAACGCAGGAAAGACGGGAGAGAAAGGAAAUAAAAAAAGGGGAGAGAGAAGAUCAAUCUUACCUUUCAAUUCAAAUAUUUGUGAACUGUAUGCUUCAACAAUUAAAAGCGGAUGAGUUUCUGUAAAUAAGGCAAAUGAUAAGGAGGAACGUCCAGAAUUAAAAAAGGCCAAGAGUUCAAUUCUUUUAUUCUUCUUUCGAAAACUAACUUUGCUGUUACCGUAGGAGUUCGAAUAAGAGGAGAGUUUUGGUAUGAAAGUCAAUGAUGACUUUUAGUCUGCGAGUACAGAAAUGACCAAAAAAAGAAGAAAAGAAAACAGCUUAUGUAGUAAAAGAACAGAAGAAAAUGCAAGAGUCGGCUUGGGAAGGGUUUGCUUAAGAAUUUGAACGGACCUUCUGUGUUGGAAGUAAACUCAUUUCCAUUGAAGAAACAGAUUCAGUGAAACCAGACUACAUUAGUGGUAGAAGUGAAAAGUUCAUCAAUCAAGAGCUCUUUAUAUGUGUAUAUUUGGAAUCCUAAUUGAAUUCUCCAAAAAGCUGUGAAGAACCAAAAGAAGGUAGGUAUCAUCGCGAUUGACAAGAAAAACAAAGGUUCGCUAUGGAUCUAAAGGAAUUACAAGAUAUUAUAGAUAAAAUGGAAAAGAAACAUGCUUCCGAAACGGAGUUAGAGACGAGGGAUAGGCAAUCGGAAUAUCAGCAGGAGGAAGCUGAGGAUGGAACCACUAUGAAACAGACGAACGCUGAAGUAGAAGGAAAAGUAAAUGAAGAAAAAGAAAAAGAAGAAAUGCGUUCGAUUGAUGAGUCGCUCGUAAUGACAGAACAAAUGCUUACGAGAUUUGAAACUGAAAUGAAAGCGUUUCAUGUACGAAUGGACGAGCUGAACAAUAUUAUGAAUGAAGAGGACUUUCAAAAGUUUUCAGAGAGGACUAAAUGAGAAGAGCAAGUCCAUGAAGAGGGAACCGCUGUAACCGAACAGAUGUCAAAUGCUGCAAGUAGACGUCUCGUCUUGUCUGAUACGAGGAUGAAGCGGUAUAGGAAGUAUUUCUUUUCCGUUUUCCGGGAUCUCGUUCUUUUAUAGGGCUAAUGGAACGUGGAAAUGGGCCUUCUCAUUUUCUCUUUCAGAAUCAACUUGGUAAUAUAAGAUAUAUUCAUGAGACUUAAUGAAUCCUCUAUUUUGAAUUCUUACACUUUUACAGCA